UUUAAAAGCUAGCCCAGCCAGGCCUAAUGCUUACAAGCUCAAAUAGAUGGGUUUCCUUAUAAGAUUCUUCCUACAGGUCAAAGUGCUCUUCCCCUCCCUCCUCGCUUUUUCUCAUCGAAAUGAUAAACCGAGAUAAUUCUUUUUGACAGAGGGGGUUGAUUUCACAUUUGAAUGGCUAUCUGCCAUUAAUCACCUGAUUCUGGUGCUGAGAUUGGAUAAAUAAAAAAAGAAGGCAUCUCCGUUGAAGAAGAUUGGCAAAACGAGACAGAACUCCACGUUGGCAGUCAGCGGAGAUGGGCUGAGUCAGGGACACGUUGCAGACAAUCCAUUUCGUACAUGGUCCCAGAGCCACAGCGGCCUCCCCCGUUGCACGAAGAAAACACUGUGAUCACAUGGGUCAUAACUGUCAUUACAGAAUACUACCCAAGCUAAAUCUGCUUAUUUCAAGAAUCCUGUUCCAUCUCGUCUCCUCAAAUUUUAUGGCCACCAACUCUGAAUUGCAAGAUCUCAGAGUGACUGCUGGGAAUGUUUAAAUACUUCCAGAAACAUUUCACACAGAACUGGGUCGAAUGCAAGAGACGAAGGUCACGCUUGGUGUCCAAAGAUGGAAGGUGUAACAUAGAAUUUGGGAAUGUUGAAGAACAGUCAAGAUUUGUUUGCUUGAUCGACAUCUGGACCACCAUCCUGGAUCUCAGGUGGAGGUACAAAAUGACCAUCUUUAUUUCAGCUUUCUUGGGCAGCUGGUUCCUUUUUGGUCUUCUUUGGUAUGUAGUGGCCUAUAUCCAUAAAGAUCUGCCAGAGUUCAGCCCUUCUAUAAAUCACACGCCAUGUGUAGAUAAUAUCAAUGGCUUGACCUCAGCUUUCCUCUUCUCCCUGGAAACCCAGGUCACGAUUGGCUACGGGUUCAGGUGUGUUACAGAACAGUGUGCCACGGCCAUUUUUCUUCUCAUCUUCCAAUCUAUCCUAGGAGUUAUCAUAAACUCCUUCAUGUGUGGGGCCAUUUUGGCCAAAAUCUCCAGACCCAAAAAGAGAGCAAAAACUAUCACCUUUAGCAAAAAUGCUGUGAUUAGUAAACGAGGUGGAAAACUGUGUCUUCUCAUCCGGGUGGCCAACCUCAGGAAAAGCCUGCUGAUUGGAAGUCAUAUCUAUGGCAAACUCUUGAAGACCACCAUUACUCCUGAAGGAGAGACGAUCAUCUUGGAUCAAGUCAACAUCAAUUUCAUGGUGGAUGCUGGCAACGAGAACCUCUUCUUCAUCUCCCCCUUGACAAUUUACCAUAUCAUCGACAAGCACAGCCCCUUCUUUCACAUGUCAGCGGACACCCUCCUUCAACAUGACUUUGAACUGGUGGUGUUUCUAGAUGGGACCGUAGAAUCCACCAGUGCAACUUGCCAAGUCCGGACAUCUUACAUCGCUGAAGAGGUCCUGUGGGGCUAUCGUUUUGCCCCCAUUGUUUCUAAAACCAAAGAAGGGAAAUACAGGGUGGACUUUCACAACUUCAGCAAAACUGUAGAAGUGGAAACGCCACAUUGUGCCUUUUGCUUCUACAAUGAGAAGGAUGCUAAAGCCAAGGCAAAGAUGGGAUAUGAUAAUCCUGCCUUUGUGUCCCAUGAAGUUAGUGAAUCCAGUGAGACAAAAAUGUGACUUUGUUGUUCUCUGGGACUCGUGUGUGCUUACAUUUUGAUGUGCCUGGGAAGUGCCAAGAAUACCUAAUUAUUUUCUGUUGGGGAAAAAAAAAUGAAUUGGUUUGUUUGUUGAUCAUAGCAAUCAUAAUCCAAUCGGAAAAGACUAUGAAGUAGCAAUUCCCCAAAUAUCAUAUAAUGUGUCGAUUACACUGUUAUAUUUAUUACCGAGAAAAAUAUUCUAUGUCUUGAGUAAUGGGGAGAAAGUGGAAAAUUUGUUGUUGGCUGCUGGAUAAAUAAGUGAAUUCAAAAUUAAAUAAUUAUCAUGACAGCACUACUGCGUAAACGUAAAUGUUUCCUUAUGUGGAAAACUAUAUUCAGGAUGCAGUCACAGUGGAUCUUAGCCAGUUUUGACUGAUUUUUAAAAAAUGGAAAGCAGAUCUAGACUUGGUUAGUUCUUGGCUGUGAAACGACGAGAAAUGCUCUGGGUUAGAUUAAGAAGUUAAAAAAAAAAAAAAUCCAAAGAGGAAGGCAGUAGCAAAUUAAUAAAGCUACAUGGCUGUCUCCUUGAAAUCACCAAGAGAAAUUAAAGUAAGAUUUUACUUUAUGAUACAAACAUACAGAAUUUCAAUUGCCCCAUGUGAAAUAGGAGAAAGCAGAGGCUACAGGAAAGGGUGAAACUAGGAUUAAAAUAUGGUUUACUUGUAUUUCUGGUAAAAUGAGUUUAAAGGAUUUG